AUGAGUGAUAAAGACAGGAAAAGACAAAAGAGCCUAAGUGCGUUUUUCUUUACCAAAAAACAAAAAACCGACGAUGCAGUUGCAGAUACAGGGAGAGGGAUUGAAUUUGGUGGUGUCACUGUCCCAUGUUCAUCCACGCAUGCGGCAACUACAUCAAUGCCAAAAAACCCAUCAGCAGCAUCAGCCUCUACUAGUUACAUGUUGCAGGAACGAGAUAUAGGUACACUACUAAUCAAACAUCAGCAAGACGGGUUAGUUCUUACAGACGAAGAAAGGUACCAGUGGUUGAAAGAUACUUGGCAACCUACAACAGACUUCAAGUUUCCACUGGUGCGUGAGGGAAAAAAGAACCGGUCUUUUCAAAUAAGCUGGUUAAAGGGACAUGAAUGGCUAGCAUACAGUAAAAUUUCUGGUGGCGGAUUGUGCAAAAUGUGCAUUCUUUUUGGUCGUAGUGAAGCGGGUACAAAUGAUGUGAAGCUGGGAAAAUUGGUGUCGGAACCACUGACAAAAUAUAAAAAGGCAAUCGAAACGAUCACACACCACGAGAGCACGAGGUACCACCAAGCGAACGUGGUAGCAUCUCAAAAUUUUUUGAGGGUAAUGGAGGGAAAAUCAAUGGAUGUUGUUGUCCAAAUGAGAUCCCAGGAAAUGAAAACUGUUGAAGAGAAUCGUAAAAAACUUAUACCUAUUAUAAAAACAAUAAUGUUAUGUGGAAGGCAAAACAUACCGUUAAGAGGUCACAGGGAUGACGGUCGUUUAGAAUCGGAAAGUUCUUACGGACACGGAGAAGGAAACUUUAGAGCGUUGCUAAAGUUCCGAAUCGAUGCUGGAGAUGAGAUACUGCAUGAACACGUAAAAAAGUGUGCUAAAAACGCUUCCUACAUCAGCAAGUCGACACAAAAUGACUUAAUUGAAUGCUGUGGGGAAUUAAUCAGAAACAAAAUAGUGAGAAAAAUUAAAAAGUCUAAAUAUUUUACUAUUAUAGCUGAUGAGACCACAGAUGUUUCUGUUUGUGAGCAACUAACUAUUUGUAUUCGCUAUUUCGAUGUAGAUACAAAGGAAAUACAAGAAGACUUCCUAAUGUUUGUCGAAGUCGUUAAACUUACUGGUGAAAACAUUGCUCACCAUAUUUUGAAGGCGUUGGAAAACCUUAACCUGGACAUUACAUUGUGCCGGGGUCAAGCAUAUGAUGGAGGAGCCAACAUGAGCGGAAAAAUAAAAGGUGUUCAGGCACGCAUAUCCAGCAUUCAGCCUUUAGCCUUUUUUACCCACUGUGCAAGCCACCGACUCAACUUAGCUAUUAGUACAGCCUGCACCGUACCCAGCAUAAGAAAUGCCGUAGGGGUUAUCUCAAGUGUAGCAACUUUCUUUCGUGACUCAGCUCAACGAAUACAUCUCCUCAGAGAAGAAAUGCAAGCUCAUCUGCCAAAGGAAAAACAGAAUACAUUGAAAAAAAUGUGUGAGACCAGAUGGGUGGAAAGACAUGAAGCGGUUUUGACAUUUUUGGACGUCUUGCCAUGUCUUCCUGAAAUAUUGCGAAAAAUGGCUGAUCAAGAGCAAGGAAACAGAAGAAGUGCUACAUCUCCAUUUUCGUUGCUCCAAUCUAUAAUGUCGUCGGAAUUUCUCAUAAGCUUGGUCAUCCUCUCUGAUAUUUUAGGAAUCACGCUGUCCUUAUCCCGAUCAUUACAAGCCAUUGAAAUAGAUAUACUUUCUGCAAUUCAGCUUAUCGAUAUGACCACAGCAAGUCUGCAGAGGCAACGUGAAACUAGCACGGACACAUUCAAAAAACUUUUCAAUCAGGCUGAGGCCAUCGCAAAUGAAAUUGGUGCAGAAAUCACGGUCCGCAGAAUCACCGGCCGUCAAACAAAUCGGCCGAACAUUCAGACUCAGUCAGUUGAAGAAUAUUACCGACUUUCAGUGUAUAUUCCUUUUCUAGAUUAUAUGUUGAAUGAAAUGAAAUCCAGGUUCCCUAGCGCUCCAAUGCAAAGAAUCGGACAGUUGCAAAAGUUGCUGUCCCCUAACUUCAGCGACAAAGAUGUAGAGGAUGUUUUGCAAGGCGCUGAAAUAUAUAAAGAAGACCUUCCUUGUUUUUUAGCUUUGAAGGGAGAGCUGAAUAUUUGGCAACAGAUGAGAGAAAAUAUCCCAGUAUCUCCAGCAGAUGCCUACAAAAGAGCAAAGGUGCUGCCAAAUAUUAGAACUCUGUGUCAAUUGCUAUGCACGUUUCCAGUGACUACUAGCACUGCCGAGCGAUCGUUCUCCACCUUACGCCGAUUGAAGUCAUACCUUCGCAACAGGAUGACAGAAGAGCGUUUGAAUGGAUUGGCUUUAAUGCAUAUCCAUCAAGACGUUGCGGCAAAAAUGGACGCUAAUGAAGUGCUGGACAUCUUCAGCAGGAAGCAUAAAAGAAAAUUGUCUUUAUUAAACAUUUAA